CGAGGAUAUUUGCUUAAACUGGAGCUCAGACGCUCAUUGUGCCUUCCUCCAAUGAACAUGGCAACACACUGGUCUUCAAUGGGUGCACUGUUCUUUUUACUUAGUGUUAUUGGGUACUCAUCUGCACUUUUUUAUCCCAAAACUGCAGUAAAUUUAAAACCAGGAAGAUGCCCUAGACAUCUCUAUGGUUUUCCAUCCCGUUUCCACUGCAACUGUGACGAGGACUGCAUCGAUGACCACAAAUGCUGUGAAUACAGCUGCGGGUUGGUGUGUGUGCCUCCAGCUAUUGUAAGGCUGGAGUGUCCUGACACCCAUGGGUCCGUAGGUGCGUGUGUUGAUGAGUGCGUUUGUGACAACGACUGUGACAGUGGUAAAAAAUGUUGUUCAAAUGGAUGUGGGCACGUAUGUACAACACCAAUAACGGUGAAGCCUGGUUUCUGUACGCCCAGCAUAAACUGUCUGGGUGCAACAUCCUGCACUGAAGAUGGUAACUGUGAUGGGGAUAAAAAGUGCUGCCACUCUCUGGGUUGUGGCAUGGUCUGCAAAGAACCCUACUAACCGGACAACAGCACAACGACUUGAGCAUCCUAUGUGCAGCAGUACUGAUUAAAACCAUUAUUUAUCAAUA